AUGAAUAAUAUAAAACAAUUAAUUGAAGCUAUUUAAAAAGUGGAACAGGAGUUCCAUAAAUUAAAUAUCAAUCCUGAGGAUCGAAUACCCAUCAUUAGCAAAAUGUUAUUUAAUUAAAAUUUGCAGACUUUGGACAAUCUUGAUUAAGUAUUGAUCGCAUAAUUUUAGCAAAGUGGUAUACAUUCAUAUAAUCCAAGGUCUAAGUGAACUUAAUCAAUAUAUUGAUUACUUGCUUUAUAGAUUAGAUUCAUAAUGCGAUUUUGAGCUAAAUUUAAAUUAUUAAACAAAUGAUAAAAUAUUAGAGGAAAUAUCAUCAUAUCAGUAAUAAUUUAAGGAACAAGCGACAUAAGAUGAGAAUGAGAAUGGAAAUGAGAUGAAGAAAAUAUAGAGGCCGAGAAUCUCAGCUUAGAGAUGAAUUAUAC